UAACGAUAAAAAACCAUAAUUUCUUCUCCUAUUUUUAUUAAAAACGAAUAAAAAAAAAUCUAAGAAACAGAGAAAAUAUGCUAAAAAUACGAAAGGAAAAUGUGUGUACUAGCCACAAAGUGCCUUUGACGAUAUCAAUAAAAAAGAAAUGUCCAUAUUAAAUUAAAAGCUUAACGAAAAUAGUCAUUAAAAAAAAGCUUGUUUAGCUAAUAAACAAAGCAGUUAUAACAACUUGUUGCUCAGCUAGCCAAUGCUUUACUUGGUGGGUGGGGAGUGGUAAAACGCCCAUAUAGACAUUUAUAGUAAUUUCGGUGCCACACUCUCAGCCAAAAGAGGCAUACAUCUCCAUUUUGCCAAUUGUUGCUUGGGCCCUCAUAUAUAUCGCCAACAUCUCUUCCCCCUGUUUAAACGAUAAACAAGCAACAGGAAUAACAUCACCCCCGUCUCAUAGAAGGCAACAUUCCAAUCAUGCUUAAGGAUUUCAAGGAUAAUUAUAAUGAAAACCUAUUGCUGACAUAUAGCCAAGACAUAAGCGAUGAUAGCCGCCAGGGCAAUGUCAAAGCCCAAAUUGUGCCCGUCCAGACCAAAACCCUACAACAUCUGCCCAAACGCCCGGCCGUGGAUUUGGCUUUUCACAAUUUGACUUAUCGUGUCAAGGAAGGCAAUCGCAGCAAUGCCAAGACCAUUCUCAAGGGAGUCAGCGGUCGUUUACGAUCCGGUGAACUCACUGCUAUUAUGGGACCAUCGGGAGCUGGCAAAAGUACGCUGCUUAACAUAUUGUCCGGUUAUAAGACCAGCAAUAUUGAAGGCAGUGUUACCAUGAACGGCCAUGAGCGCAACAUCAGUACCUUCCGAAAAUUAUCUGCCUACAUUAUGCAGGAUAACCAACUGCAUGGCAAUUUAACCGUCCAAGAGGCCAUGACAGUAGCCACCAACCUAAAGUUAAGCAAAAAAUUCACUAAGGCAGAGAAACAGUCUAUGAUCGAUGACAUUCUUUUGACACUGAGUUUAAGCGAACAUCGCAACACAUUGACACGCAAUCUUUCUGGCGGUCAAAAGAAACGUCUAUCCAUUGCCUUAGAGUUGGUCAACAAUCCACCGAUUAUGUUCUUCGAUGAACCCACUUCUGGCCUUGACAGUUCCACUUGUUUCCAGUGCAUCAAUUUGCUCAAAAUGUUGGCUGAGGGUGGCCGUACCAUUAUCUGUACCAUUCAUCAACCUUCGGCUCGUCUCUUCGAAAUGUUCGAUCAAUUGUAUACCUUGGCCGAUGGUCAAUGUGUGUAUCAGGGCAGUACCAAACAGCUCGUGCCUUUCUUGUCCACCUUGAACUUGGAGUGUCCCAGUUAUCACAACCCGGCCAGUUAUAUCAUUGAGGUAGCUUGCGGUGAACAUGGUGAUCACACCAGACGUUUGGUCGAUGCCAUUGAUAAUGGCAGCAAGGAUAUUCGCUCAGCUGCCGACUAUGCCGGCCUUAAGGCACGUAACGAUUUGAUGAAAGUUCAAAAUCUAAAGGCAAUUUUGGAUAAAAAUGAUGCAGCCAAUUCGACUGGUAGCAAAUUCGAGGAUAACCUCAAGCUGAACAAUGGUAUAUUGAAAUCGAAUUUAGUCAAUGACAUUGCCAAGGAUUCCAUGGCUCCUGUGGUGAGCACAAAUGAAAAGGGUGAUGCCAUGAUUGAAUUGGAGAAGGCGGAUAAUUGCACUACGGCAUUGUUGUCGCCUGAAAUUACAUCUCCCGAACGUUAUCCCACAUCGCAGUUUCAUCAGUUUUGGGUUGUGUUGAAGCGUACCCUGCUUUUCAGUUUCCGUGAUUGGACUCUUAUGUACUUGCGUUUGUUUGCUCAUUUGUUGGUUGGCUUCCUAAUUGGUGCCUUGUACUACGAUAUCGGUAAUGAUGGUGCCAAGGUCUUGAGUAAUUUGGGUUUCCUCUUCUUCAACAUGUUGUUCUUGAUGUACACUUCCAUGACUAUAACAAUUUUAUCAUUCCCUCUCGAAAUGCCGGUGUUGUUAAAGGAAAACUUUAAUCGUUGGUACUCUCUGAAAGCAUACUAUUUGGCCAUAUCUGUAGCGGAUAUACCAUUCCAGGCUAUUUUCUGUACCAUUUAUGUCUCGAUUGUCUACUACUUCACCUCACAACCAUGGGAGAUAAUGCGUUUCUCCAUGUUCUUGGGUGCUUGUCUGCUGAUCUCGUUUGUGGCUCAAUCGGUGGGUUUGGUUGUGGGUGCUGCUAUGAAUGUGCAAAACGGUGUCUUCUUGGCUCCCGUCAUGUCUGUACCAUUCCUGUUGUUCUCCGGUUUCUUCGUGUCCUUCGAUGCCAUUCCCGUCUAUCUGCGCUGGAUUACCUAUUUGUCCUACAUUCGUUAUGGAUUCGAGGGUACUGCCCUGGCCACCUAUGGUUUUGGCCGUGAGAAAUUGAAGUGCUAUCAAACCUAUUGUCAUUUCAAAUCGCCCAUGACCACACUGGAGGAAUUGGACAUGGUCAAUGCCAGCUACACUUUGGACGUAGUUGCCUUGGUGGUGAUAUUUGUAGUGUUGAGACUUUCCGCCUAUCUCUUCCUGAAAUGGAAACUAAAGACAGCACGUUAAGUGUGGCAUGUGGGGUAAUUGGUUUCUUUUAGAGAUAUAGAAGAAUUUAUGAUUAUCCGUUUUUAAUUUUAUUUUAACACAAAAGAGGAUUUGUUUUUCAAAGAUUCUUUUGAGUUUCUUUUUUAUCAUUUUAUUGUUGUAGAUUUAAGGAUGAACUUAGGUUUUUAUUUGCGAUACAGAAGGGAAAAUACGCAAAAUGUGAUUUAUAUAAAUAUAUAUAUGUAUGUUUGUAUAUGCAUAAACAUUUUAAUAAUAAAACGAGAACAAAAACCCACACAAAAUUUUGUAUGCGAACAUUGCUGUAGUCUGUAUUCAGAGUUACCAAAAUAAAAAUAAACCAAAUUAUGCCUUAAGUAGACCAAGAAGAAGAAUACCCACAACCAAGAACAAAGGACCUACCUAUAUGCAUUUAGCAAAGUAUAGAAGCACUUUUCAUGGAAAAUGUGAAAAUCGCUAUUUCCAUUUGUUGCUUCUUUACCGAACAAAAGGUUGAAAGACCUUCUAACAUUCGAUAUUCUCCUCAACUCAUGCAAAAAACUUUCGCCUCCAUCCCAUUAUGCUCCAUGACAAGGAAGGUUCCACCACAGGGGUUUAUUACUUGGCUGCUCUUUGUAAUAUCUUUACUAUGUCAAUCAAAACAACGAUUCAUUUUGUACAUUUAAUAUACAAUCCUUCUUUUUUUUAACGAUAAUUGUGUUUUUAGCUGUUAAGAAGUCAUACACAAGUUAAUUUUUAUUAUUUUGGUAAAAGUAACGCCUUUUUUAUUAGCCCAUUAAUUGUAAAAUAAAUUAUUUAUCUAUCUA